UAAUCUUUGCCAUAUAUGAUAAGUACCAUAUGAGGUAAAGGGAUAUUAAACCCGAUCAAACUAGAAUUAAAAAUUGUGUAUAAUGACUGUUUAACAAUGGUGGGAUUAUAUAAUUUUGGCCUGCUGGUUAGGUCAUAUAGGUCUCCACAAAUGGAUGAGAGGAGUUAGCAGUCUCCCGGCAGCAAGAAAGAAGAUUAAAUCAAUCUGCUUAACUAUUCACAAGGUCUGGGAAACAAGCUGUGUUAGCAACCCCAUCGAACACUCAGUGCAAUAUUUGGUGUUAUGCUGUACCUAUUAGGUGUUGGCGGUGCAAGUAUUCCUCUAAGGUUUAUGGGCUGUUGGUGACCCCUCCGGGGGUGAAAAAGAGGAAUCAUGGGGGCAGGACGCCAGGUCCGGCUCUUGCUGUGGAAGAACUGGACCAUCCGCAGGAGGCAGAAGAUGCGGUUCUUCAUGGAGAUCAUGUGGCCUGUGAUGCUGUUCAUGGGACUAGUGUGGUUAAGAAGAGCCAAUCCACUCUACCGCCAACAUGAAUGCCACUUCCCCAGCAAGGCCAUGCCAUCUGCAGGGAUCCUGCCAUGGAUCCAAGGAAUCUUCUGCAAUGCCAACAACCCUUGUUUCCAGUACCCCACCCGUGGUGAAUCCCCCGGCCUGGUGUCCAACUACAACAACUCCAUAUUAGCUCAGUUUUACUUGGAUGCUCAAGAGCUUCUACUCAGAGACCCAGAGGUCCUUCAGCUUGGCCGCCUUUGGCGUGAACUGACUGCCAUGAGUAACUUCAUGGACACGCUGCGCACUCAUCCUGAGCGGAUCUUAGGCCGGGGAGUAAAGGUGGAGGCCAUCCUGAAGGAUGAUGAGCUUCUGACUUCAUACCUGCUGAGGGACGUUCCUCUGACUGAGUCUGUGGUUCAUCAGCUAGUUAAUGCCCACAUCAGGCCUGAGCAGUUCGCCUACGGGGUCCCGGACUUGCACAUCAAGGACAUCGCCUGCAACGCCAUCCUGCUGGAGCGGUUCCUCAUCUUCCCCAACCGCUGGGGGCUGUACGCCGUCCGCAACGCCAUGUGUGCCCUCACCCAGCAGCGGCUCCAGAUCAUCGAGGACAAGUUCUACGCCAACGUGGACUUUUUCAAACUCUUCCGGCUGCUUCCCCGCCUGCUGGACAACCACUCGAGCGGCAUUGACAUUCCCUUCUGGGGACGGGCUCUCUCUGCCCUCUCGGAAAAAGUGCAAGAGUUGCUCCAGCGGAAUAGUUCCAGGGAGCUCCUACGGGUCGUGACCCCUCUCUUCCGGGACGCUCCAUCCUUCAGGCAGCUGGUAACCGCGGCCUCCAGCCUGUUGUGCGGCUACAGUGAGGAGGCCUUUUCCCGGGUCACCUCCUUCAACUGGUACGAGGACAACAACUACAAGGCCUUCCUGGGCAUCAACAGCGCCAGGUCACAGGGCCAGUACGCACAUGACGACAGCGCCUCUCCGUCCUGCAAUGACCUGAUGCGGGAACUGGAGUCCAACCCUGCCACCAGGAUUGUGUGGCGUGCCGUCAAGCCCAUGCUGAUGGGACAGAUCCUGUACGCCCCCGACUCCCCCGCCGCCAGGCAGAUCAUCCGCAAUGCCAACACUACAUUUGAGGAGCUGGAGAGGCUGAGGAACAUGGGGAGAGCCUGGGAAGAGGUGGCUCCUCAGAUCUGGGCUUUCUUCCAAGAUGGAGUCCAAGUCAACAUGAUCCGGGACUCCAUCCGCAACCCGACAGUGAUGGAUUUCAUUGACAGGACUCUGGAGGACGCACUGUUCUCCUCCAAGCACAUCCUCAACUUCCUGUACAACGGCCUGCCAGCAGACCGACCCGAUGACAUGGUUGACUUUGACUGGAGAAACGUCUUCAACCUCACCGACCGGGUCAUCCGAAUGCUCAACCAAUACGGAGAUUGCAUGGUCCUGGAUAAGUUCGUGGCCCUACCUGACGAGGAUGCGGUCACUUAUCGGGCUUUGCACCUGCUGGAGGAGAACAAAUUCUGGGCGGGUCUGGUCUUCGUGGAUAUGUACUCCUGGACCAACAAGGCUCCUCCUCAUGUUAAGUUCAAGAUUCGCAUGGAUAUCGAUUCAGUGGAACGCACCAACAAGAUCAAAGACAGGUAUUGGGACCCUGGUCCCAGAGCUGACCCUAUGGAUGACCUUCGCUAUGUAUGGGGCGGCUUUGCUUACCUCCAGGAUAUAAUAGAGCAGGGGAUCAUCAAAACUCAGACAGGCAAGGAGUGGCCACAGGGUGUAUACCUACAGCAGAUGCCCUACCCCUGUUACGUGGACGAUCUCUUCAUGCUGACACUGAACCGCUGUUUCCCCAUCUUCAUGGUGUUGGCCUGGGUCUACUCUGUGUCCAUGAUCGUCAAGAGCAUUGUUUUGGAGAAGGAGCUGCGUCUAAAGGAGACCCUCAAGGCCAUGGGCGUCACCAAUGGUGUCAUCUGGUCCACGUGGUUCAUCGACAGCUUCCUCAUGAUGGCCGCCAGCACCAGCCUCCUCACUGCCAUCAUCAUGGGAGGGAGGGUGCUCAACUACAGCAACCCCAUCAUCCUCUUCUUCUUCCUGCUCAGCUUCACCACAGCUACCAUCAUGCAAUGCUUCCUCCUCAGCGUCUUCUUCAACAAGGCCAACCUGGCGGCGGCCUGCUGUGGCAUCAUCUACUUCACCCUCUACCUUCCCCACAUCCUCUGCUUCGCCUGGCAGGACCGCAUCACCAAAGACAUGAAGAUCCUGGUGAGUCUGCUGUCCCAGGUGGCGUUUGGCUUCGGGACAGAGUACCUGUCGCGAUACGAGGAGCAGGGCCUGGGCCUGCAGUGGGACAACAUCCAGACGAGCCCUCUGGAGGGGGACGAGUUCUCCUUCCUCACCUCCAUCUGCAUGAUGGGUGUGGACACCGUGCUGUACGCUGUGCUGGCCUGGUACCUGGACAAUGUCUUCCCAGGACAGUAUGGAAUUGGACGGCCGUUUUAUUUCCCUUUGCUGCCCUGUUAUUGGCUUAACACUGUGACUCCGAUUUCAGGCAACAACAACCCGGAGUUGGAGAAAAAAGGCUUUGACAACCUGGCCAACAAGGAGCAGGGAGAUGAGGAGCAGAAGCAGGACCGAGCCAAGACUCCCGAGGAGUCGGGCUCGUGUGAGCAUCAGGAGCAACGCCACAGGCUGGGGAGGGAGGGCCAGGCCGAGGAGAACCAGACAGAGAAAACAAAUGGCCAGCCGUUUUUCGAGGCGGAGCCAGCAGACCUGGUGGAGGGGGUGUGUAUCAAGGACCUGGUCAAGGUGUUCGGCAGCAGCUGCAGUCCGGCCGUGGACGGGCUGAGCAUCAGCUUCUACGAGAGCCAGAUCACUGCCCUCCUGGGCCACAACGGGGCUGGCAAGACCACCAUCAUGUCCAUCCUCACAGGCAUGUUCCCCCCAUCCUCAGGAACAGCCACCAUUUAUGGCAAGGACAUCCGGACGGACAUGGACACCAUUCGUCUGUCCCUUGGCAUGUGUCCGCAGCACAACAUCCUCUUCCAGCACAUGACUGUAGAGGAGCAUAUCCUCUUCUACUCCCUGCUGAAGGGCACUCCUAUAGCGGAGGCUGAGGAGGAGAUGGAGAACAUGCUGCAGGACCUGGGGCUGCCCCAUAAGAGAGAUGAAUCGUCCCAGAACCUCUCAGGGGGCAUGCAGAGGAAGCUGUCAGUAGCUAUGGCAUUUGUUGGAGGAGCUAAAGUGGUGAUCCUGGACGAGCCAACAUCAGGGGUGGACCCCUACUCCAGACGCUCCAUCUGGGACUUGCUACUCAAAUACCGUGCAGGGCGCACAGUGAUCAUGUCCACCCACCACAUGGAUGAGGCUGACCUGUUGAGUGACCGGGUGGCCAUCAUCUCCCAGGGCCGCCUCUACUGCUGCGGUUCCCCGCUCUUCCUCAAAAACUGCUUUGGUGCCGGCUUCUACCUCACCCUCGUACGGCGCAUGAACUACGAUGCACCCAAGGUCAAGUGUGACUGUACGGAGGAUUGCUCCUGUAAAUGUUCCAAGUGCUCAAAAUUCAAAGAGAACCAGGAGGAGAACCAGACCCCAGACCGACAGAUGGACGGUAACGUGGAGAGCAUCACAGCCCUGGUCCAUCAUCACGUGCCAGAGGCUCGUCUAAUCGAGGCCAUCGGCCAGGAGCUGACCUACCUGCUGCCUAACCGCGACUUCCAGCCCAGGGCAUACGCCAGCCUCUUUAGGGAGCUGGAGGAAACCCUGCUAGACAUUGGCCUCAGCAGCUUUGGUGUGUCAGAUACCUCACUGGAGGAGAUUUUCCUGAAAGUCACUGCUGAUGGUAGUGCCACCAACCAGAAUUGCAUGAAAGACCGGAAAAUGUUGCAGCGGAUUACACGAGCCAGUCUCAACAGAGUGGCUGUUUAUGUGGAACCUCCAAAAGAGGCAGAUGGGGCUGCGCAAACCAAUGGCCAGGGCCCAUGUGGGCCACCAGAGGACAAUGCAGGCAAGGGGUCCAACCAGGUCAGAGGCCUAUGUUUGAUCCUCAAACAGUUCUUUGCUCUGCUGAUCAAGAGGUUUCAUCAUGCCACACGGUCCCACAAAGACUUCUUUGCCCAGAUUGUUUUGCCAGCCAGUUUUGUGUUCCUGGCGCUGAUGUUUACUCUGAUCAUUCCACCUUUCGGAGAGUAUCCCAGCCUGACCCUCACCCCCUGGAUGUAUGGGCGACAGUUCACCUUCUUCAGUAACGAGCGUCCCAUGGAUGGUCACAUGAGAUACUUUGGUGAGGUCUUGCUGGACAAGCCUGGUUUUGGGACUCGCUGCAUGGUGGACGAACCGCUGGAAGACUUCCCAUGCAAUAAUAUCACCACAGAGUGGGAGAUGCCCCUGGUUAACCCUGCCCUGAUAGAGAUGCUGGCCGGUCCAGAGUGGAGUGACAUCAGACCCUCUCCAGACUGCCAGUGCAGCACACCCAAGAAACUCACCAUGCUUCCCGACUGCCCAGCAGGAGCAGGAGGCCUGCCUCCUCCACAGAGGAUCCAGUCAACAGGAGAUGUUCUCAUGGACCUAACGGGCAGGAAUAUCUCUGACUACCUGGUGAAGACCUAUCCCAGCCUUAUCAGAACCAGCUUGAAGAGCAAGUAUUGGGUGAAUGAACAAAGGUAUGGAGGGAUAUCAGUGGGUGGACAGCUUCCUCUUCUCGAGGUGAGGCCAAAGGUCAUCCAGGAUUUAGCAGUGCAGCUGGGACAACUUCUCAAUGUUACCGGGGGGAUGAACUCUAAACAAACGCUUAAGGACAUAGGGGCGUUCCUCAAGUAUAUGGAGACAGAGAACAACGUCAAGGUAUGGUACAACAACAAGGGCUGGCAUGCUAUGGUGUCUUUCAUGAACGUGGCCAACAACGCCAUCCUCCGUGCAAACCUGCCCAAAGGAACUAACCUGGACGAAUACGGGAUCACCGCCAUCAACCAUCCUCUGAACCUCACCAAACAGCAGCUCUCUGAGAUCACUGUCCUGAGCACCUCAGUGGACGCAGUGGUGGCCAUCUGUGUCAUCUUCGCCAUGUCCUUCGUCCCGGCCAGCUUUGUCCUCUAUCUCAUCCAGGAGAGGGUCACCCAGGCCAAACACCUCCAGUUUGUCAGCGGCGUCAGCCCGCUGGUGUACUGGCUGGCCAACUUCCUCUGGGACAUGGCGAAUUACUCCAUCAGCGCAGCGAUGGUGGUGCACAUCUUCAUUUACUUUGACAAAAAGUGCUACACGUCUCCAACCAACCUCGAACCUCUCGUGGCUCUGCUGAUGCUCUACGGCUGGUCUGUGACGCCCAUGAUGUAUCCCAUGUCCUACAUGUUCAGCGUACCCAGCACAGCCUACGUCUCCCUGUCAUGUAUCAACCUCUUCAUCGGCAUCAACAGCAGCGCCAUCACCUUCAUCCUCGACUUGUUUGAGGGCACUACAGCUCUGUACAAGUGCAACCAGCUGUUGAAGACCGUGCUGCUCAUCUUCCCCCAUUACUGCCUGGGCCGAGGCCUCAUCGACUUGGCCAUGAACCAGGCUGUGACUGAUGUCUACGCACGUUUUGGUGAGGAUUACAGUCGAGAUCCCUAUAGCUGGAACUUUCUUGGGAAGAACAUGGCGUGCAUGGCUGCUGAGGGAUUUAUCUAUUUCAUGCUCAACACUCUCAUCCAGUACCGCUUCUUCAUGGAUCACUGGAUAUUAGACGGCCCAAAGUCUCCUGUCCUGGAGGAGGAUGCAGACGUCGCCCAGGAAAGAGAGCGCAUCCACAGGGGUGGCAAAAACAAUGAUAUCUUACGUGUACGAGAUCUGUCCAAGACAUACUCAGGAGCGACGAUCCCUGCUGUGGACCGAAUCUGUGUUGGAGUUUCACCUGGAGAGUGCUUCGGUCUCCUGGGAGUCAACGGAGCAGGAAAGACCACCACCUUCAAGAUGUUGACUGGGGACAUUGACAUCAGCGCGGGAGAGGCCUCGGUCGCUGGACACAGCGUUUUGACCAACAUCCUGGACGUGCACCAGAACAUGGGCUACUGCCCCCAGUUUGAUGCCAUAGAUGACCUGCUGACGGGCAGGGAGCACCUAUACCUCUACGCCCGCCUCAGAGGGGUCCCGGAGUCCGAGAUCAGCAGGGUCGCAGAGUGGGCCAUCCAGAAGCUGGGGCUGGCGGAGUACGCAGGCCGAAGUGCCGGGACCUACAGCGGAGGCAACAAGAGGAAACUCUCCACAGCCAUCGCCAUGAUAGGCUGUCCUGCUCUGGUGCUGCUGGAUGAGCCGACCACAGGCAUGGACCCCCACUCCAGACGCUUCCUCUGGAAUUCCAUCAUGAGUGUUAUUCAGGACGGACGAGCUGUGGUCCUCACCUCACACAGCAUGGAGGAGUGUGAGGCGUUGUGUACCCGCCUAGCCAUCAUGGUUAAUGGGUCCUUCAAGUGUCUGGGAACCAUUCAGCAUCUCAAAUACAAGUUUGGUGAUGGCUAUGUGGUGACCAUGAAGAUCAGGGCAGCUAAGCCAUGUUGUGCCCCGGACCUGAACCCUGCUGAAGCCUUCAUGGAGAGCACCUUCCCCGGCUGCAUCCAGAGAGAGAAACACUACAACACUCUGCAGUACGAGAUCUCCUCGUCCUCCCUGGCUAGGAUAUUUCAGAUGGUCCUGGCUAACAAGGAGAAACUCAACAUAGAGGAUUACUCAGUCUCUCAGACCACUCUUGACCAGGUGUUUGUGAACUUUGCUAAGCAACAGUCAGGAGAGGACGACACUAUCGUGCUGCACCCACGAGCUGCCGGGGCAAGGCGAGAUGUCAAGGACACAUCCAUCAAGGGCGCAGGGAAGUGAACUCUCCCCAAAUACCUCAACAAGAAGGCAGUGUCCUGUCUGACCGAUGAUCUGGCACGUUGCAGUACUGCGCAUGCUUGACUUCGCUUGUUCGGUACACAGGGUUAGCGGGCUUUGAAUUUGGAAAGUGUGGAGCAUAGAUGUGCCUGAGGUAUGUUCUACUCUUUCAAAGGAAGAACUCUGCUCACCUUGUUUGCCUUGUAAACUAAAGGAAACACAGCUACAGAAUAUUGCAGUCCCGCAUCAAAGUAAACAGAUAUUAAGAGUUAUGAGGCCUACCUAAGUGAAUAAGUAUUUUAAUUAUGAGAAGGACAAUGUUAAACAAAAUGAGAUUGUAGACUGGUAAAGGUAAAGGGCAUUUUGUGUGAACUCUCCUCCCCAAAAUAUAGAGCUUAUCUGUUUGCUUCACAUGCCAAGGAAGAUGAUCCUUUUUCGGUUGGCCUUUCUCUAGACUUGUCAAAUAAGCACUCAGAAAGGUGUAGUCUUAGCACUUUAUUGAUGCAGCAUUGACUGAAGCAUCACUUUUUUACUGAGAUUUUUGGCAUUGAAAAAAAUAAAACCCUGCUAGUGCAAUAUAGCGAUUGAUUGUUAUAAAAUGCUUUUGCUGCUAUGGAAUUUCAAUAACUGUGAUUUUAUAAAGCCAAUGAUGGACUGUUAUGACUUUGCGCUUUAUCACGUGUGCAGUUUUGGUAAGCUGAAUGUAUAUGGCUCCUAUGACCACCAGUGCUUUGGUGUCAUUAAAGGAAGAAGACAGAGAAUGUCAAAAAAAAAAAAGCGAUGUUGCUCAAAGGAGAAUCAUUUCAAAUAAAGAUACAUUUUUCCUUAAAA